AUGGAACCUUCGGCCCUGGAGUCUAAAGGUGUUGUCCAAGUCUCUGAGUUCAAAUCCGGUUUGUCUGUUCUUUCCCCAUCCAGAAGUUCUGAGGUAUCUACAAGCAAGCUUAUUGUGGAGGCAGAAGAAUACAACAUGGUGUGUUCUCCUCCCUGCACAUCCAGACACAUGCUGAUGUAUUGGAAGAUAAUUGAGUAUGUACCAGGCAUGGCCGCAUUACCCAGGAGGUGUGUAACUGAAGCACUACAGACCACUUCUACCCCUAUUUGGGAAAAGUUAAAUGGAAAGUGGGAGACAGCAUGUAAAACAUCAACUGUGAUCCAAGAGAAGAUGUACACCGAAGAGGAGAUAGUGGGCAAUGGGAUGGAAAAAGAUUACCUGACCGUCUGUAUAACAAUUGUAAACUCUGACAAAAAUACACUCAAAGACAACCUGAAAGUACUAAUGAGUGGAAAAGCAGGCAGAUUUGGGAGGAGAGUCAAUGGUGGGAAGAAGGGAAUAGCAUGGUCUCCUUGCCUUCCUAAAGCUAAGGGAGCUGUACCCCAUACUACUCCCAUCUCCACUAUUCAAGCUUCGUACAACAGAUUACAGGCUGGAAAUAUUCUUGCAAAUCCCAUCUCCUGGAAAUGUCUCUUCCCUCAUCCAAUGGGCACCAAUCUUACAAGAGGCAAAGUUCAGAUUCCUGAGGAAGAGGAGUGGAAUAGAAGUGAAGAGUCUGUUGAAGAGACAAGAGAAUGCCAACAACAAGAAUUAGAUGAAGAGGAACUGGGCAAAAUAGUCCCUAGUGCUCCCUUUUUCAGUAAUGGAACAAAAAUAUUAUAUCAAAACACUGAAGCUUUGCAAUCAAAAUUCUUUCCACCCCUUCAGAAAGCAAUGCUACCACCUAAUAGUUUUCAGGGAAAAGCAGUGUUCACUAGGGGAGGUACUGGUCUUGGCAAAGGAAUGACAACUCUUUUGUCCAGCCUAGGAGUUCAGUGUGUGAUAGCCAGCUGGAAGAGUGAUGUUCUUAAAGCCACUGCAGAACAAACUUCUUCUCAAACUGGAUAUAGGGUUCAUGCAAUUCAAUGUAAUGUGAGGGAUCCUGAGAUGGUUCAAAACACUGUGACAGAAAUGAUCAAAGUUGUAGGACAUCCUGAUAUUGUGACAAGCAAUGCAGCAGGGAAUUUUAUUUCUCCCAGACUCUCUCCUAAUGCCUGGAAGACCAUAACUGACAUAGCUAUAAAUGGCACUGCUUUUGUGACCCUAGAAGUUGGAAAGCAGCUAAUUAAAGCGCAGAAAGGAGCAGCAUUUCUGGGUAUUACAACCAUCUAUGCUGAGACAGGCUCAGGUUUUGUAGUACCAAGUGCUUCCACCAAAGCCGAUGUGGAAGUGAUGUACAAGUCUCUUGCAGCUGAAUGGGGUAAAUAUGGACUGCGAUUCAACGUGAUUCAACCAGGGUCUAUAAAUAUAAAAGGUGCUGUUAGCCGUCUAGACCCAACUGGAGCAUUUGAGAAAGACAUGAUUGACAGAAUUUCCUGUGGUCUGCUGGGAAUUGUGGAAGAACUUGCAAAUCUUGCUUCUUUUCUUUGUAGUGAUUAUGCUUCUUAGAUAAACAGAGUGGUCCUUAGAUUUGAUGGUAUAGAGGAAGUACUUAUUUUGGGCGAAUUCAACAUCCUGAAGAAGGUCACCAAGGAACAGUGGGAUGCAAUCGAAGGACUCAUCCGAAAAACAAAAGGCUCCUAA